AUGGUCUCUCAGCAGAAGUUGUCGCUCAAAGAGAAGUAUCCUGAGAUCUAUUGUCAGACAAACAUUGACCGAAGGGGACACACGCGUGUUGUACCUAUGGGGGUUUUGUCGCUUAGUCUAGGACGAACUGGCACGAUCGNNAUGAAAGCAGCCUAUGAAAUCCUCGGCUAUCCGACCUACCACUACGUCUCUAUGAUGGAAAACCCGCCCGACAUCAAUCUCUGGCUCUCCGCUCUAUCUCGCAAAUACUCCUCACAUCCUGACUCCAAACCCUUCAAUCUCUCCGAGUGGGACGCUCUUCUCGGCCACGUCUCCGCAGUGACAGAUUCACCAAUCAAUGCGUUCGGACCUGAACUCAUCGUUGCUUACCCUCACGCCAAGGUUGUCUUGGUGGAAAGGGAGAUAGAGAGUUGGUACAAGAGUUUUGAGAAGAACGUCAUCUCCUCGUUUUCGGCGCCCAUGACCAGGUUGUUGGUGAAACUGGACCCUGGGUUUAUCGGCAAGCAAGGCAAGAUAGGCGAUUUUCUUAUGCAUGGACAAUGGCAAGCAUCCAGUUUUGACGACUGGCGGGCAAAGGCCAGACAAGGAUAUCUGGAUCACAAUGCUCUGAUAAAGAAACUGGUGCCCAAUGAACAGUUGUUGGUGUACAAGUUGGGAAGUGGAUGGGAGCCCUUGUGUACGUUUUUGGGCAAGGAGGUUCCUGAAGUUGAGUUUCCGAGAGUCAAUGAGACUGAAGAGUUGCAGGAGAGAGUUUUCUUGGCUCUGAUGUUGGGAUUGAGGAGAGCGUUGUUGCGGUAUGCGAAGAUGAUGUCGUUGGCGGUACCCCUAUUGACUGGAGUCUUGUAUCUAUGGCGUAUCGUCUCUGUCUGA